AUGGUGUCGCACAUUGAGCCACCUCAGCAGGUGCUACACACUCCGCGACGCCCUCCCUCGGCCAUAAGCAGAGCCUCGACAACAAGGCGCCACCGUUCGUCGCGCUCCCAGCACACAACCUCGCCAGCUUCUCCACUAAACGAGUUCCCUGUCUUUGCGCAGACUGGAGAUGUCGACAUCGUUAUUUGCUCGGCCAGUGGUCGCAAAGAGCAACGCUACUUCUUGCACAGCAUCAUCCUCGGCCAAUGCUCAUCCUUCUUCGCCAUCGAUACCAAGCGUCCACCCAUACACAAUGCUCUACCUGCUCCCAACCCAGCUUCACUCUCACGUAUCGGUGAAACAAACUCCAGCAGAAGCAGUCUGGACUCAUUCGACGCCCGCCGCUGGAAUUAUGUCCUCGAUUGGCAUCACACAAGAGACAAUGAUAUACCACGACUAGUACAACGCCCUACAAGUCAGAGUCCGCCGCCCGUCUCGCGUAACAAGCCGCCUGCUUCGUCCUCUGCCUUCUUCCGUUCCAUGUCAAAUCUAUCUGCCUUGUCCUUGAAUCCUCAACCUGCCGCACCUCUAGGCCCAGAUGAUGAAAUCAUGCGAGAUUAUGAUAAUCUGUUCCGCAUCUUCUACAACUAUCCUCCAUCUCUCAGUAACGUCAAUAUCGCUGAUGCAUAUACCGAGUCCAAGACCUUGUUGCAGCUGGCCCAGAUGUACGAUGCCCUCGAUAUCGUAGGCUCCCGCAUAGAUCACCAUCUGUUAGGCUUUCAAGGACGCCUAUUCAAGCAGAUCGCCCGCUAUCCGCCAUCAUAUCUCAAGCUAGCCUGCCUGGCACGAUCUAGAGUCAUCUACACGGAAGCUUUGAUUCAUGUGGUAGGCCAGUGGCCACAGGCACAACCUCAACUUGUCAACCAUGUUGAUCCUAUCGUCCUCGAUAUUAUCGAAGACAAGGUCCAGGAGCUGGAAGACAUGAAAUUGCGCAUUGAGGUUCGUCUCUUCAGACUGACUUUGACCACCAGUAGAGGCGAGCGCGUCAACCCAUCGAACGGCUACCUCGACUGGAUGGCCAUGAGUCUCUUCCGCCAGUGGCUGGCCGAAAACACCACACCAGCUCCAGUGUCAAUACUUAAGAACUCCUCGCGACCUUCGUCUUCAGAUACCGCUUCUGCCUCUGCGUCUGCAUCUGGGCGGUCAGGCUGUCAAAGCAGUUCACGCGCUCUGGUGCCAACAAAACCUCCAGCAUCUCAACAAUCGCCCUUACCAGCCCAAAGCUUCGGUCGCAUAUAUCGACUCAUGGGCAGCACAAAUAAGGACGCCUAUUUGAAUCACGAUGAAUGCAAACGCUUCUUAAAGCUUACACCAGAAAUGUACUCUCGCGACAACCUCAAGCGCUUCGAGAGAAGAAUCGACGAACUCAAAAACCUUGCUAGAGAUGCUGUCAAGCCUUUGACCCGCAACUUUCUCGAGCUUGACUUGAGCGCUGUACCGUCCACAUCAGGGAGAACCGGUACUACAGCGCCGUCGGCUGGGUUGGGUUAUCUGACUUGCACGAAGGUAAUGGAAGAAGACUAUCCUUGGGCGACGUGA